CUCUAGACCCUGUGACCCUGUGGCUCAGACAAGCAAACGGAUAGAGAAAAGGUACCGGCACAAUACUGGGGUCUUUGGGCGACAGGGAGCAGCUGCACCAUGACGUGAUGGGUACAUCCCACAUGCUGUGGGAGCUUGUUCCUGACUUGGCGCCAGCAUUGACCAGGAUCCACUCCGUGCCCUUGCUACUAAGCGUUGCUGUGCUCUCCGGUGCUCAGAAGCAGAUUUCAACGAUAGCUUCAACCUCCGGAUUACCCCCCAUUCCGCAAACCCCCAACAAACUCCCUAAACGCCCACGCCGAGCCGACCUCCCGAGCCUAGACGUCUACCAUCACGAUUUAUCGAUCGAUCCGCUUGCGAAGGAGAAGCUCGGCCAAUUGGGGCAUACGAAAGGGGCGUUACUCAGCAGGGAAAUCAUUGUCCGGGACAACCGAGCUUGACACCAUUGCGAAUCCCCUUGACGAGGGCGAAUCUACGACUACCCAGCCUUGCCUCUCGAUCCGGACACUGGAAAGAGCUGUUGUGAUUUUGGAUACCAUAGUCUAUUGCUGGGCCGAUUGGAAUACCGAGCACAAGGCUGAGCCUGGCUGCGACGACUAAGCUUGACGACUGAGUCUAAGCCGAACUUGGUUCUAACCAGUUGCUCUCGCCUUGAGAACACCAGCGUGCCCGCCUCUUUUGUAGUAAUAAGUGUCUUUAUUUUGAGGGGGUCAACUUCACAGGCAGCCUGGAAAGUGUUGCUAUUCUCCUCUUUAAGCUCUUUCUCCCUUCAACCCAACACCAACCAUCAGAAUACCACCACCACCACCAAAAUCUCACCAGACACCGCAAAUCGCAAUCAUGACGCUUUCUCGCCUCCUGGUAAGCUCUAACACCUCUCCAAAAAGUUGCGAACGAGCUGGGGACGACAGUGGCUGAUGCGUAGGAUAGCUCCGAG